AUGGACGCCGCCAACAAGCAGCCCACUAAGCUCGUCAAGGUCACUCGUGUCCUCGGCCGUACCGGUUCCCGUGGUGGUGUCACCCAGGUCCGCGUUGAGUUCAUGGACGACACCUCGCGUUCUAUCAUCCGUAACGUCAAGGGCCCAGGUAUGCGAUGCGAUUGA